AUGGACCUGAUCCGGAGCUUCUGCGGGAAGCUGCGGUCUCUGGCUAGCACCCUAGACUGCGAGACGGCCCGGCUGCGGCGAGCGCUGGAUGGAGAGGAAAGCGGCCUUGAAGAUUAUCCAGUGACAAUUUUACAUGACCUUCAUUCAGAAGUCCAGGCUCUAAAGGAUGAUGUUAAUAUUCUUCUUGACAAAGCAAGAUUGGAAAGUCAGAACAACUUUGGUUUCAUAAAGGCAACAAAAGUGCUGAUGGAAAAAAAUUCAAUGGAUAUUAUGGAAAUAAAAGAGUUUUUCCAGAGGUAUGGAUAUACUCCACGUGUCAAGAAAAAUUCAGUAUGUGAACAAGAAGUCAUUAACUCCACCCCAGAGUUGUCUACUUGUGAAAUUUUUCAAAAGCCUGAUGCGAAGGAUGAUCUGGGUGAUCCUACUGUUGCAACCAGUUCUAUUUCUAAGCAGUCUCCACGGAGUCCACAGCUUUCAGAUUUUGGACUUGAGCGGUACAUGAUAUCCCAAGUUCUACCAAACCCUCCACAGGCAAUAAACAACCAGAAAGAAGAACCCAAGAUUACAACAGCAAUAAACAACCGGAAAGAAGAACCCAAGAUUACAACUCCAGCUACCAAACAAUCACCAGUACUAAAAACUCCAAAAUGUGCGCUAAAGAUGGAUGAUUUUGAGUGUAUAACUCCUAAAUUAGAACACUUUGGUAUCUCUGAAUAUACUAUAUGUUUAAAUGAAGAUUAUACAAUGGGACUUAAACAAAUGAAGAAUAAGAAAAGUGAGACGACCAUAGAAACAGAAUCCAUGACCAGUGAUAAAUUUUUUGCUACUCCUAUCCACAUUAUCCAGCAGUCAGAAAAAAGUGAUGUCGGGUAUACAAAUUCUCCCUUGGCACCUACAUUCUGCACUCCUGGUUUGAAAAUUCCUUCUACAAAGAGCAGCGCUGCUUUGGGAUCCACAAAUUAUUCAUUAUCAAAAACAAAUAGUUCAUCAAAUGAUCUAAAAGUUAAAGAUUGUACUUCGUUAAUACUAAACUCCGACAAGUGCUUUGAGAAUUUUGCGGAUCCCUCUUCUCCUGCGAUUUCUUCUUAUGAGAAUCUGCUCAGAACACCUACACCCCCAGAAGUAACUACCAUUCCAGAAGAUAUUCUCCAGAUUUUAUCAAAAUACAACUCAAACCUAGCUACUCCAGUAGCAAUUAAAGCAGUGCCACCCAGCAAAAGGGUCCUUAAACGUGAUGGAGAGAACAUCCAAGAUAUUGACAACAAAGAAAACUGGUGA